AUGGAGGCGCCCGACGGUUGGGUCUUCACUUAUCACUCUCAUCCUGAUUUGCCCGCUCCCACUCCGCAGGAAACGGGCGAGCGAGACCAGCCUCCUGUACACAGAACGCCGUUGGAUUUCCUCGAUGAAGCGGAAGAGCCAGCUGAAGAGCCGCGCAACAUACCCGCUUCAGAAUCCAGCGAUACUAUCUGGAACGCCAUGAUCUUGUAUCUGAAUCGCCGUUUCCAAAUGAUGAUUUAG